AUGCCUCUCUUCUCCCUCUCAAUCCCUGUCGUCCUCACAACGUGCGGGACGCUGCUCCGAGGAGCUGCCGGCACCGUGUUCUACCGUCUCUUUCUCCACCCGUUGGCGCGCUUUCCGGGACCCAAGCUUGCCGCGGCGACAUGGUGGUACAUGACCUAUUAUGAAGUCUUCAAGGGUGGUGCAUUCGUCGACCAUCUCUGGGUGGUCCAUGAGCGAUAUGGCCCUGUGGUCCGCGUUGGUCCAAAUCAACCACACUUCAACAGUCCCGAGGCGUACGAUUACAUCUACACCCGCGGCUCGCAGUUUACCAAGGACCCACGGACAUACAAAGCUUUCCAUCAGGAUGACGCGUCGUUGUGCAUCAUCGACCAGCGCGAGAUCAAGACUCGACGGGACAUCCUGAAGCCGCUCUUCUCGCGGCGGGAAAUCCUCCGGCUCGAACAUGUCAUACAGGCAAAGGUCGACAAGUUGCUCGCCAAGCUUGUGGCCUAUGCCAACUCGCAUACGCCUGUGAACAUGCGCCUGGCGUGCCGGUCCACAGCGCAGGAGCCUAUUUUCGACUACUGUUUCGCGAGCGACGAGGACUUCAUCUCCGCGCCUGGCUUCGCGCACAAGGCUGUUGUCGAUGCUGAGGCGGCCGCCCCUUUUUUCCUCCUCCUGGUUCACUUCCCGUGGAUCUUCUGGGUCAUCGUCUAUGGCUCAAAGCUCGCCGCGGCGCUCCGGGGGAACCGCACGGGGGCAAUCCAUAAUUCAUCAAACAAGCUCAAGGAGAAGAUCGACGAUAUGCUGAGGGACCCAUCGCUCCUAGAGGAUGAAGACCAAGAGACGGUCUUCCACCACUUGAUGAAGCCACACCCGGAGAAGGGCCAGUACGAGAUUCCGCCGGUGAAGACACUGUUCGAGGAGGCGGUCACGCUCGUCGUCGCGGGCAUCUAUACGAGAUUGAAGGAGGAGCUGCGGGUGGCGUGGCCAGACAUUGACACACCUGUGCACCUGGAGGUGCUCGAGAAGCUGCCUUACUUGGUCCGUACCUUCGACUCUCAUCCGUAUCGUGACGCUGAGUUCCACGGCGGGCCGUUGCUUCAGACCGCAGUCAUUAAAGAGACGAUGCAGCUCGUGCAUGGCGUGGUGUACCCUCUGCCUCGCAUAGUCGGGCCCACCGACACUGUUAUUGGAAGCUUCAAGGUCCCUGCCGGUACAGCGGCGGCGAUGGGCCCGUCGUUUGUACACCUCAACCCGGUCAUCUUCCCCGACCCUAGCGCCUUUAAGCCAGAGCGUUGGAUGAACAAGGACGACGUCAGCAUCGAUCAUCACCUCGUUCCCUUCUCCAAAGGUCCUCGAAUUUUUCUAGGGAUGGCGUACGUUGCGAAUUGGUUCACUGGGACCUAUACUAAUCCGUCUCAAAGGCUCGGAUGA